AUGGCGGUGGUUGCUCUUUUGGUAAAAGGUCGUACAGAACCUCCCAUCUUUGAGAGCAUCGGUCCAAAGGAGAGACUAAUGAAUCUGAUGAAUCGAUCUGAAAACAAGUUUUGUGCUGAUUGUGGAACUCCAGAUCCAAAAUGGGCAUCUACAAGUCUUGGAGUAUUUAUUUGCAUCAAGUGUUCGGGCGUUCAUAGAAGCUUAGGAGUCCACAUAACAAAGGUUCUAUCGUUGAAGCUCGAUGAUUGGACAGAAGAAGAAGUUGAUACAUUGCUCAAUUUUGGAGGAAACACAACACUAAACAAGAAGUAUGAAGCUUGCCUCCCACCUAACAUUAAAAAACCAGACCCAGAUUCAUCAAUUGAGGAACGCUCUGACUACAUAAGGCGAAAGUAUGAGUUGUUGCAAUUUACUGGUGGUGACAACAAAUCACAACCUUGUCAAGCAAGUAAUUCAUCACCGGUUCAAAGUGAUUCUCCUUCAUUCAGUGAUUCUCCGAUGGAUAAGAAGCAACACGAAAAACAUAAACAUCGAAUUGGGAAUGCAUUGCGCCAUAAUUGGGGAAAGAAAGAUCAUGAGAAUAAAGCUCCAAAGAAAACCAACUCAUCAUUGGCAGGUAUGGUUGAAUUUGUUGGAUUAAUUAAGGUUAAUGUGGUAAAAGGCACUAACUUGGUUGUUCGAGAUGUAGUGUCUAGUGACCCUUAUGUUGUCCUUUCUUUGGGUGACCAAUCAGUAAAAACACGUGUCAUAAAGAAGAGUUUGAAUCCAGUGUGGAAUGAGAGCCUAAUGUUGUCAAUUCCAGAAAACAUUCCUCCCCUUAAAGUGUGUGUAUAUGAUAAGGACAAAUUUUCAAAUGAUGAUUUUAUGGGUGAGGCUGAAAUAGACAUUGAACCUCUAGUGAUAGCUACAAAAGAAUAUGAGGAGUCUAAAAGCUAUGAGCAUAUGCAACAACAUGGGGGAUGUGGUUCAAUCACAGAAAACACUUCCAUUUGUGAAGAUGAUGCUAAUGCCACUCACAAAGGAGAGAUGAAACAACAUUUCUCAAUUAGGUUACAAAAUGUUGAGAGUGGUGUGUUAGAGAUUGAGAUUGAAUGUGUUCCUCUUACUCAAUAA